GCGGUCCGCCUCGUAGCCUGACUUUUAAUGUGCUUUUUAAUUAGCAGCUCAUAGUCGCUACCUGCUUGCCGAUCAUCGUGCCGAUCGAUGUUAUGCGCAAUCCGGACCGACGCUGAGCUGAAAACGGGCUGUAUCGUGGGCACAUGCUGUGUUCGCUGUGAAACACUGAUGGACAGCAAGUGGGCUACGACAGAGCUGGCUUGGACUGCGCAUCCAGAAAGCGGGUGGGAGGAGGUAAGUGGAUACGACGACGCCAUGAACCCCAUCCGGACGUACCAAGUAUGCAACGUUCGUGACCAGAACCAAAAUAACUGGCUGCGUAGCGACUUCAUCCCCCGGAAGGACGUGCUGCGCGUCUACGUGGAGCUCAAGUUCACCGUGCGUGACUGCAACAGCAUCCCCAACAUCCCGGGCUCCUGCAAGGAGACCUUCAACCUCUUCUAUUAUGAGUCGGAUGCCGACACGGCCGGUGACAGCAGCCCGGCGUGGAUGGAGAACCCUUACGUCAAGGUGGACACCAUCGCGCCCGAUGAGAGCUUCUCCAUGCUCGAGUCCGGCCGCGUCAACACCAAAGUCCGCAGUUUUGGGCCACUCUCCAAGGCUGGGUUCUACCUGGCCUUCCAGGACCUGGGGGCAUGCAUGUCCCUCAUCUCCGUCCGCGUCUUCUACAAGAAGUGCUCCACCACUAUCGCCAACUAUGCCGUGUUCCCUGAAACGGCCACGGGGGCCGAGGCCACCUCGUUGGUGAUUGCCCCCGGAGUCUGCGUUUCCAACGCCGUGGAGAUGUCCGUGCCCAUCAAGCUCUACUGCAAUGGUGAUGGCGAGUGGAUGGUCCCCAUUGGCUCUUGCACCUGCAUGGCCGGGUUCGAGCCUGCGGUGAAGAACUCCCAGUGCCAAGCCUGCAGCCCAGGAACCUUCAAGUCCAAACAGGGGGACACCUUCUGCUCGCCCUGCCCCCCCAACAGCCGCGCCAGCUCCGGCGCCUCCAACAUCUGCCCUUGCCGCGGCGGCUUCUACCGCGCCGACAGCGACUCGCCCGACUCCCCCUGCACCACCAUGCCCUCAUCUCCUCGGAACGUCAUCUCCAUCGUGAAUGAGACGUCGCUGGUGCUGGAGUGGGGCGAGCCGCGAGAGUCGGGCGGGCGCGACGACCUGCUCUACAACGUCAUCUGCAAGAAAUGCCCGCCGGAGCGCGGCGCGUGCCAGCGCUGCGACGACAACGUGGAGAUGACGCCCCGGCGCCUGGGCCUGACGCAGCGGCGCGUAGCUGUGCGCCACCUGCAGGCCCACACACAGUAUAGCUUCGAGAUCCAGGCUGUCAACGGCGUGUCCAGCAAGAGUCCUUUGGCACCGCAUUAUGCCACCGUCAACAUCACCACUAACCAGGCCGCACCUUCCCCAGUACCUACAGUCCACCUGAUGGGGGCGACGGCGAGCACCAUGAGCCUGUCCUGGCUGCCCCCAGAGAAGCCCAACGGGAUCAUCUUGGAUUACGAGAUUAGAUACCAUGAGAAGGGACGCGAGGAGGCCAUCGCCCACACAGUGACAGCCCAGCGGAGCUCGGCACGGGUGGAGGGGCUCAAGCCAGGGACAGGCUAUGUGGUGCAGGUGCGGGCGCGAACCGUGGCUGGCUACGGGCGCUACAGCAACCCAGCGGACUUCAGCACCAACCUGGAGAGUGACCCUGAGAAGUCCCUGCAGGAGCAGCUUCCCCUUAUCGUGGGCUCAGUGACGGCAGGCCUGGUCUUCGUCAUCGCCCUUGUCGUCAUCGCCAUCGUCUGCAUGAGGAAACAGCGUGGUGGAUCGGAACUGGAAUACACAGAGAAACUUCAACAGUACAUAACUCCUGGGAUGAAGGUGUAUAUUGACCCCUUCACCUACGAAGACCCGAACGAGGCCAUCCGCGAGUUUGCCAAAGAAAUCGACAUCUCCUGCGUGAAGAUCGAGGAGGUCAUCGGGGCAGGUAAUCGACACAGGCACCUCAGCAGCAGGGGGACGACAGCUAGGCACUGCCAGGCCAUUCCCUUAAAGGACAUCAGCCCAAGCGGAGAGUUUGGCGAAGUCUGCCGUGGCCGCCUCAAACAGCCGGGGCGGCGGGAGAUUAUCGUUGCCAUCAAGACGCUGAAGGUGGGCUACACGGAGCGCCAGAGGCGGGACUUCCUGAGCGAGGCCAGCAUCAUGGGCCAGUUCGAUCACCCCAACAUCAUCCGCCUGGAGGGCGUGGUCACCAAGAGUCGGCCAGUCAUGAUCGUCACAGAGUUUAUGGAGAAUGGCGCCCUGGACUCUUUCCUCAGAAUGAACGACGGGCAGUUCACGGUGAUCCAGCUGGUCGGCAUGCUGCGCGGCAUCGCUGCUGGCAUGAAGUACCUCUCGGACAUGAACUAUGUGCACCGGGACUUGGCAGCCAGGAAUAUUCUGGUCAACAGCAACCUGGUGUGCAAGGUGUCCGACUUUGGCCUAUCCCGCUUCCUGGAAGACGACUCGACGGAUCCCACGUACACCAGCUCGCUGGGGGGCAAGAUCCCCAUCCGCUGGACCGCCCCGGAGGCCAUCGCCUACAGGAAGUUCACCUCCGCCAGCGACGUCUGGAGCUACGGCAUCGUCAUGUGGGAAGUGAUGUCGUACGGAGAGCGGCCAUAUUGGGACAUGAGCAACCAAGACGUGAUCAACGCCGUGGAGCAAGACUACCGCCUGCCACCUCCCAUGGACUGUCCCACCGCCCUGCAUCAGCUGAUGCUAGACUGCUGGCUCAAGGAGAGAAAUCUGAGGCCUAAGUUCUCGCAGAUCGUCAACACCCUGGACAAGCUCAUCCGCAACGCUGCCAGCCUGAAGGUGGUCACCAGCACAAACUCAGGGGCCUCCCAGCCCCUCCUCGGUCGCUGUGUCCCCGACUACAGUGCCUUCUCCACUGUGGGCGAUUGGCUGGACGGAAUAAAGAUGAGUCGUUACCGAGACAACUUCCUCAACGCCGGCUUCGCCUCCUUCGACCUGGUGGCGCAGAUGACCUCCGAGGAUUUGCUGCGGAUAGGAGUGACGUUGGCCGGCCAUCAAAAAAAGAUUCUGGGCAGCAUUCAGGACAUGAGACUACAGAUGAACCAAACACUGCCAAUCCAGGUGUAAAGGGGGAGGGACUUCACCAGAGUGAGCCAAUAGAAACCCCAGCUGCCUGACUGUCUCUGCCAAUCAGAAAACUGACUCGCAGUGCCUCAGACAUUUUUUCCUUUUUUUUUGUUUCCUCCACUUCCUGUUUUCCACGUUAUGCUACGUUUACACCUAGCGGAUAUUAAGAUUAUUCUGUAUUUCAAAGAGUCUCAUUACCUGUGCAGGCCUUCCUGGAUGGUGUUUGCAUGCGUGUGUGAUUUUUUAAAAUUUUCUUUUGUUUUAUUUUACUUUUCUGGCUGGACUUUCGUUCAUUUCUGGGACUCCUCCUUGUGACAUCUGUCCUCACGCAGUCUCUCCACUCGAUGGCUGAAACCAGGGAAGAAGGGAGCACUUUACUACGAGUGGAUGACGAGGCAAACAAACUAAAGGACACGGCGUCUAAAUGAGUGUAAAGCGGAAAAGAGUGUAAUAGACAAUCUCUCCCACAUUCUGUCUCUUUUUGUAUUUUCCGAUCUUCAUAUUGAAGAUGUUUAAUUUUAAAUGCACAUGCCUGACAGAUAUGAGGCCAGAAGGGACCGGAACGUUCCAGAACUGGAAAGGGGAGGAACAUAAACAUCCGUGGAACCACAAUGAGACUUUAGUGUUGAAUUUCCCGACUAAACCAAGUGUGAAGUCUGGGUCAAUUAGGAACAGUUUUGCAAUCAUCCUGACUUUUUUUUAAGGAAUUAAAAUCGUGGCUAUUCAUUUGUGUGUCAGCCAGUUUUAAAAAUCAUUUAUUGGGAUGCUUAGAGGCUGAUCGCUCUGUGAGACUCAAAGAUCACUCCAUCGGGACAGUGGAUGGAGGGAGCAAAAGGACCAUGGCAAAAGACUUGAUGGAGACACUUUCCAGUGUGAUAUCUGCCUGAGCGUGAGCUCGGCACACAGAUGCUGAUCCACAGUGCUGUACCACCGCAGACACCCAGCGCAUGGACUGAACUCGGUUGUGAUCAGAAGACUUUAUUUCUGAGACAGCAUAGCUGUUAUUCUAUUGAUAAUUUUGCAAUUUUUAUUGGUUCUAAAAUAAAAAAAUAUAUAUAUGCAUUGUUCAGAAAUUCAAACGUGACUGCAGAAAAGGACCUUACGUCUUCAAUAAUAUACCUUCCUAUCUUAUCCCUCUGCUUGUUUUCAAAGGUUUUUUUUUUCGCUUCAUUCAUUGGCAGACGUCAAUGUCUGGGCAUCGCGGUUAAUUACAGUGCCCGUCCCGGCGUGGUUUGGGGGGUGGGGGGGGGGGGGGUUUGCUGUAGGAGGUCGGUGGUCAUGUUCGACGCGAAACCAGUUUGGUGAAGGGGACGGCUGUGUUUGCAUCGCUAAUUCUGCGUUUACAGGGCACACGUGUGCCUGGUGUCGGGGAAAAUAAUGGAAAUCGGUUUUGUUGUGGACACACCUAUGACAUGCUGAUGUGAGCAACUGCCAGUUGUACCCCCCCCACCUGCUCGAGAAACAGGUGUGAGGACCCCCCCCCCCCCUCCAGCCUCAGCUCUCCGCAGAGCACCGGUAACCUGAAGCCCCUUCAGGUGCGAGCAGACAAACGGCCGGGAAGCUCACACCAUACUGACCGCGCUCAUACUCCGUCGCCUGGUAUGGAAAUGCACCCCUGGGAUGCCGCCCCCCCCCCCCCUGCCCCCCCCCAGCACACCUCAGACAUACCGAAGGCUCAUCAGUGACACUGCUUCCUCAGCUGCCUCUUCAUACCUUCUUCCCGGUGAGGCUCUCAGAGCAGCGUCUGCGUGGGCGGAGGGUUCCAGAAGGAAUCGUCAUGCCCCCAGGGAUCCGGUGGUACACGGUGUGGGUGCCUAUUACCCCCCCCCCCCCCACCUAUACACACACACACUAAAGCAGAAGCACAAGUCUGUUGUCAGGUCGCUUAGCCCCUGCUCUCCAGCCUGUCAGCGUGAUUUACGCACCCGCCGUCUGCGGCCCCGUAGGAGUACAUUUUCUGCGGGAGAAGGCAGAGCCGCCAUAUCAUUACCUGUCUGUUCCCCCCCCCCACCCCCGCCCCAGGUUGUAAUCACCCCCUUUCUUGUUUUGCCCCUGGCCUGAUUAAUGCAACACAGUCUGUCGAGGGGGGGGGGCACCGCCUUGACCCAGGACUGCGUAGUCUGUACGAUGUGAUUAGCGACAGCGGAGGUACUGUAUCACUGAUGGGGGGGUUGGGGCUGUCACAUGACCCAUCCUGAUCUGAGGGUGCUAGCGCCCCACGGUGGCUGUCACUGAGCGAGAGGCUUCUCUUGUAUUAAUGUAUGAGUUCUGAUCUGAGAGUCCGCAGUCUCCCUCGUCUUCCUCUGGUCUGAGAACCAUUCUGGGUAUUAUGCAAAGUGUCGGCAAACUCUUUCUUUUUUAAACAAAAGGAUGUAUUUAUUUCCCAUGCUAACUCUACAAUAUUGAUAAUAAAAGAGCCAAUGAUAAUAAUAAUUCAGUUUACUGGUUCAGUCCAGCUACAUUGCUUCCUUGUACUUUCUUACCAUUGCUGUGAUUAUAUUUCAGCAAAGGUUAAAAAAAACAUUUUUUUAUUUUUUUUUUAUUUAAUUUAAAUGAAACAACCCUGUUUCUUGAUUGAGCUAAUAACUUAAGUAUCACCGUAGGAAAUGCUUAGAAAACAUGUUUAUCAACUUUGGGAGAAUCGUAAUCCACUUAACUGUGAUUGUAAAAUAAAACGUUUUAAAGAUCGCCUUUGUAGUCUACGGUAUUAACGAGAAACAAACGUUCUCCUUGAAUGAUGGGCGCCUUCAGAACAUCUACAGGAUACUGAGGUAUCAGUAUGUUCUGACAAACAGCAUAAUUUCAGUGGCCAAUGAUCUUUGGGUUUAGUUAAAGUGGUGUGGACAUGAAAAACAUCCUUAGUUUUAUUUUUCCUCAUCAGACCACAUAAAAUGUUUUUUGACGCAGAAUCAACAUCCAAUCCUUCAUCGCUGUUAUUUUUUUUACUGAUGAGUCAUCCUUUCGAUAAUAGUCCACAGCCCCCUGUGAAUGUUCACCUGGGGAAUGAGGUCUACUGAAGAUGCUGUCGUUAUCAUUUGUUGUCCUACUCGUCCAGCUUCACCACAGUCUUUACUCCCACUGUCCUCUCAUUGCUGUGAAAUGUUCAUACCCCGAUGUUUCAUACCCAUGUUACCAACUCCCACCCUAACCCAACCUGCUGUGUGGCUUAAUAUUUUACAGCUUAUCUUCCCUGUUACUGAUUUUCUAUGAGUUUUGUAAGCAAACACAUAAACUGUGCGCCUUUUAGUCACUUUCAGAACCAGUUCAGAGAAAGAAGCUCAUAGUGUGUGUAUAGUAAUGGAAAAAUGGAAAGGAAUUGGUUUACUUUUGGAAAGGAAUGAGAUGUAUUUAAUGGUGAAGAUGAAAAAACAGUUAAAAAAAAAAGAUGCAUUCUUGUAGAAAUAUUUUUAAAGACCCAUUUUGCAAUUAAAUUAUUUAAGAAAUUUAUUAUACA